AUGGGUGAUUUAGAAUUGAGAUUGUCGAGGCUUCGUAUCGAGAUCAAAUGUCUCGUAAUGGCUUUCGCGGAGCCUUGUUCCUCUCUCAAGGUUGCGAAGGACUAUAAAGACAUGUUCGACAGUGACAUCAACUUUAAGCAAUACGGAUACAGUUGUCUGGAGAGCUUAUUGAAAGAUCAUGACGAUUUGCAGUUCAUAAAUGCCGGUGGACAGGUUUUGUUUAAAGCAAAAGUUACGAAGGAAACCGAAUCUUUACAAAAGAUGAUAUCAGCACAGAAAAAGAAAAAGAAAUCCAAAAAAGGCAAACCGUCCUUCCAGCGAGGUGCUCGACCCUAUAGGAGUUACGCGCCUUCUUCGAAACCGGCAUCUCAGUAUAGUUUCAACCGAAUGUCUUUCAGGGGUACAACUGCUAUGCAAAAAAAUGUCAGAGCACCUAUACGCGUUCCUCAUACUCCUAGUAAAUCAGAUGGCGUUUUAGGAAUGUCUCGAUUUAUGAGAAUUCUGAAAAAUUUUGACGGUAAAGUUACUUUGCGUAAAUUUCGCGAGGCCUAUCACAAAAUGUAUAAUCAACACCUGGACAAGGCCGAAAUGGAAUCUCUUUUUGGAUUAAACAAUCUCGUAGCAGUUCACACCAAGUAUCUUGCGGACAUGAUGGACAUCGUCCCUUUGCCUGAUGGGUACAUGCUCAUAUCGAAGGAUAACAUUAAGAAGCGCAAAAUUUGGGAAGAGACCCACACCUUCCAGAUAGUUUCAAAUAAUCCUAUUAAAUGGGACAAGCCUUCACUUGCUACGUUGUAUAAGAAUGUUUUCCAUUUGUUAAAAGAGAUGUAUCCAGAAACCAUUGCUGUAGUGGAAGCUUCUGAGAUCUACAAAAGGUUCUAUUCCGUUCAAGUAGAUCCAGUGGCUUUGUAUGCGAAAAGUUGGGAACAACUAACCACAGGAGUUUUCGGAGAAAAGUUAAAACUUUCUCAAAACUGUAUAUGCCUUCAAGAAUCUGUAGUAAAUGCUGAGAGACUCAGGACACCCCAAAUACCAUCUUGUCAACAGUCAACUUGUACAUCGGUCUCAGAUAUCAUGAUUGAUACUAGUGAUGAAGAAGAUGAAGAUGAUUACCAGGCUGGUGUUGAAAGCGAAGUUGAAUCCGUCGCUUCCUACUUCACUACCUCAUGCAAAACAGACGAAAGAUCAGAUGGUGAAAACGACGAAAAAGACGGUGUUCAAGGAUUCGGAUUUGGCAGAGUAUCAAGUUUACGUAAAUCUCGUACCAUCAAAAAGAAUGAAACUAACAAACAGAAAGAGCACCAAGUCACGUCAGUUCAAUCUAACUCACCAACUCCAGAAAUCGCUGGGUUACAGGUGUCAAAUGCAUCAGAAGAACAACCGAAAAAGGGAAGAGGGUUUGGUUUCAAAAGUUUCGCCAAGUCUUUGAUAUCCAAAAUAUCUGAUAAAGAAAAAGACAAAUCCAAUGUCAGAAAAGUUUCCGACUCAACUCCUCGGGUGAAACCAGAAAAGGAGGAAGAGGCUAAUAGCAGUGACAGUUCUUCAUGGAAGGGUUAUCAAGUAAAAUUUGUUGGCCAAAAGUACAUGAACAACACCAGCAUAGAACGCGCUCUGUCUCACACCAACAGAAAUCCUUUAAAUACCUCUGCCCGCUAA